AUGUCAUCGAACGGCACUGGUAACAGCAAGUGGCGUGAUUUCCGGCUCGCGUCUACUCUGUUGUCCUUGAUACCAGGCUCGCAGCCUAACACGCCACAGAAGCAAAACAACGACGACAAAGCUGCUGCUGAUCAGAGCCACGAGAACGAGCAGCAGCACGGAAGCAAACGCCCAAAAGAGCUUCAAGAAGAGCCAUAUCAGUCACCCGAGGUGGCCCACCAAGACAUGGAUGCCGAAAACCAGCUAAUUGAUAGUAUCGGGGGGCUGGAUAGCUACGAAGACGCCGCCCAGGCCGGUUCAGACGAUGGUGGCCAUGACCAAGACUUCGGCGUGCUCGAAAUGUUCGACAGUAACGCGACACAAGCUCCUUACUCGUCGCAAAUCAACAACGCGUCUUUAGAUCAAAAGGCACCUGAGGCAUUUAUGGCAGAGGAGCCACCUUCUACUCAAGCACGAAAGCACAAGCGUGAGAAGAAGGAGCGCAAAGGAAAAGACACAACCGACAGUGCAUCUCCCCAGCCGACUGGAGAGGAGUCCUCGCGCAAGCAUAGAAAGUCCAAGAAAAAGUCAGCGCAACUGGCCGAGAUUCCUGAUAGCCUUGCCAACCACGUUUCAUCAAACACAUAUCAAUCUCUGCCUGGCCAAAUUUCAGCUGUCGACCUUAACGAUGACGAUGCUGCUCCUGCUACGCAAACGAAACGCAAGCGCAAAACCUCCGACUCUGUAGAUGGAAAACGGCGCAAGAAGCAUCGAUCUCGCGAUGAUGAAGCUGCCGCUGAAUCUCAAGAAAACGUGCCAGAAACACAAGAAGGUGCCCCAUCUGCAUCGGAGGAAGAAAACACACAUGACCUUCAAGCUGCAUCAUUCUUGCACACCAGGAACGCGUCCCGUCCAGGUGCCAUCUACGAUGAUGUUGCAGAGGAUACUCCACGAUCACCAAGCGCUGCACGCCUUGAGACGCGUGAUGCUCAAUCCAGAGAGGGGAGUGCUGCUUAUGACAAGAUGGAGUUGGACGCUUCAGCUGCGCAAGGAAACCAAAACGAAGACAUUGAGCAACCUGGCCUCCUCCAAUACAAUGGGUCGCAAGGCCCGCAAAUGGAUGAUAUCGAGAUGGAGACCAGACAAGCAUGGGGCGAGCAAGUCCACAACGCGCAAAACAACAUCAACACUCAGGACUCAGCGGGACAAGAUGAUGAGAUGGAGGUCCCCACAUCUGCACAACGCCCAAACACAACUCAUGAUGUGUACGACCUUCCAGGAAGCCCUGUUCCAACGCCGAACCCGCCCAGUACAAACACAAAGAAAUCGCGGUCGGCCAAGGCGAAGAAGGCCAAGCCAACAUUCUUUGAGAAAUCGCCAUCCCCUGAGCAGGACGAAUACGCUCCGCCACAAUCACCCUCUACCACGACGCCAGCUGCUCGAAAACGUGCUAAGAAAGCACCAGGCAGGAAGUCCGAUACCAACCAUAAUGCCCCACCUCAGUCAAUCCAGGAUGCAGAUGAUGACCAAAAUUCACAACGCCGUGGCCGAAUGGAUGGCCAUACUAAGGGACGGUUCAGCGAUGAGGAGCUUAGUCGUAUCGCACGAGCAGUCGAGUCAUAUCGUUCCGCCAACAAUAUGGAACAGUACAAGUUGAAUGAGAUGAUUCAUACCCCUGGAGGCACAACCGCCAGUGAUGAGCAUGCGGAUCUCUGGGCCCAGAUCUUUCAAACUUGUCCUGACCGUCACCGGCAAAAGAUCAUCAACAUCACCCGAAAGAAAUUCCACAACUUUGUUGCUCGCGGUACCUGGACCACCGAGCAGGACAUGGAGCUUCGUGAUCUUAUGGAGAUUCAUGAUAAGAAGUGGUCCAAAAUCGCUGGUAUCAUUAACCGCCACCCUGAGGACAUUCGAGAUCGUUGGCGCAACUACAUUGUCUGUGGAGAAUCGCAGCGAAAAGAUACAUGGGACGAACAAGAAGAACGCAAUCUGACACAGAUUGUCAUGGAAUCGAUAGCUCAUAUCGACCCGAACAAUGACAGGCCCUACAUGGACCUUAUCGACUGGCAGGAGAUUAGUAAGCGCAUGGGCAGAACUCGUAGUCGACUUCAGUGUAUCACGAAAUGGAGAGCCAUGAACAUCAAGACUCAUGGCAAGGACAAGUUGGCCUCUAAUGCACCCGACUCCUCUAUUUCUUUCCGCCUAGAGAAGGCUCGCCGUCAAAUCGCCGCCAUGCCUGAAGAAGAACGCUACCGCAUGGUUAUGGCUAUUCAAAACACGACGGCGCAAACCGAUUCCAAGAUCCCUUGGCAGCGACUUGUUGACAAGAAAUUUCGUGCCAGCUGGCAUCGCCCUACCCAGUCGCUCUUGUGGCGACGCCUGAGACAAACAGUGCCCGGCGAGGAAGAGAAAAACCCAAGUGAAUGCGCAACAUAUUUGAUGGGCAUGUACAGCCAAACAGGCGAGCUCCCGAAUGUCGAUGAUGCUCUCUACGACGAUGCUGCAGAAAUGGAGUUCAUGAGUUUGAUCCCGAUAAACCAGCCUAUCCACGGCACAUCCCACAACGGCGAGAACAUCAGUGCCGAACGUGUCGAAGACGAAAAUGACGAUGAGCAACAGAUGGAUGAAUACGGGGUUCCUAAUGAGAACAUUCAACCCGAUCUGCCCAUUGCUCCAAUGGGACAUCUCGACCCUGCUCCAAUGGCAUCGAUGGACUCGGUCACGCCAGUUGCUGACCUAGCAUCUAUGGAUCCUGCCGAAAUGGUUGACCCAGCACUCUCUGCGGAGCCUGUUGAAGCUGUUGAAGCUGUUGAGGCAACGCAACUCGAAGAAAAGCCUGCACUUAUUGAAGAAGAAGAGGCGCCCAUUGCCAAGCCAGUUGACACUCCCGAAUUCUUUGAGCCUGCACCUCCUAAGGCUACUCGGGUCGCAAAGAGAACAGGUAUGGGUAAGGCGAAGGCGCCCAAGACCCCUCGAAAGGCAUCAGCUCGGUCCACUCCUGUCAAGGCCACGUCAACCAGGCGAAAUACAAGGCGUACCGCAGCUCUUUCUCGAGACCCUAUUGAGGAUGACGGAGAAGCACAGCUUUCUGCUCCUGGAGAUGAUAACUCCGAGGUUGACGAGGCCAAGGCCCGCAAGCGAAAGACACCUAGCAGAUUUAAAUCUACUACUGCCGCCGAUUUCUCUGUGGCUGAUGACUCGGACAGUGUUAUGGAUGACAUGGAAGACAUGCCUGCUCGUAUUGUUUGA